AUGGCAGACAUUGAUUCCUCAUUUCCGCCAGAAAUGUCAUUUGAUAAUUAUAAACUAUUAUCAAACUUAAUCUUAGUUUCAUUUAUAUCUUUAUCAUUUCGUUCACCAAAAUCAUUUGUACAUUUAGCAACAUUAAUUACAUUAACGAUUUGUUUUAUGAUCCAACCUAUAAUAUAUAGAGGAAAAUAUCCAGCAAACGAACAUGCAAGUGUAGCAGGAUUAGGGAUAAUAUUCGGUUAUAAAAUGUGUUUUUGGUUAAAGAAAUUUGCUUCAUCUCAUCCUGAUGACGAUUUUCAACCAUUUUUCUAUACGUUAUUUUAUUGGAGAAAAAAUGUGACGAGUGGAAAAAAAGAAGAUUUUCAACCCACAAAUAAACAAAUACUUCAAAACAUUGUAGAAAGAAGUAUUUAUUUAUUUAUCAGAUGGAUCAUUUAUGAAGGAUGUUUUAAAGUAAUGGAUAUGUAUACGGAUAUGAAUGAAAUUCCUUCUUCACCUUAUUUCUUUAGGGUUCUUGAUAUGUUUAGAAGUGGGGCGUCACCUAUUACGAUGAAAUCAUUAUUACUUUGUUCCUUUUAUAUGGUACUUGUUUAUUUAAUCAUUAGCAUAAAUUACGAUUCAUUCCUUAUGAUUUCGGGAAUCAUUUUACUUUUCUUGAACGUAAUAUUUCCUACGGUAAAUGAUAAAGAAAGUUCUUUCUUAAAGGGAAAAGUCUUUUCGGUUAAAAGAUGGUGUAUUUCAUUUUUAUUUGAUACGCGUUAUAUAUUUGAUUCACCAUGGUUAUCUACAUCACCAAGAGACCUUUGGAGUUUUAGAUGGCACACAUUUUAUAAUGAAACCUGGAAAGGAUUGGGUUAUGUUCCAUUGAGAAAUUAUUUAAUCUCCUCACACGAGAAUUCCGAAAAUCGAAAGAAAUUAGCACAAAUCGGAGGAACCAUUGGUGCAUUUGUCCUGAGUGGUAUAUUACAUGAAUAUUUAACAUGGACAGAAAUGAAUGAAUUAACAGAUCUUUGGAAUUUUCGUUGGCAAGGGGUAUUCAAUGAAUCAUUCAAGGAAUUAGGUUAUUCACCUGUUCGUUCAAUUACAAAUAGUCAUGCUUUAGGCGUUUUGGGCGCUUUCAUUAUAAGUGGUAUAUUACAUGAAUAUACUUUAUUAGUUCAGAUGAACAUAAUUUCUGGCGAACAUAUGUUGUUCUUUUUAUUUCAUGGAUUCAUGUUAUUGCUAUGGGAACCCGUGAUUCAUCUAACCAAGAAUUCUUUAGUCAUUUAUAAAAAAGUAUUCAUGUGGAUGAUUUGGAUGAUUAUUGCUUGUGCUAGCGUACCUUCUUUUGUAGAAGUUUAUACCAGACAUGAUCAGUACGUUAUUCUUUCGGUGUUUACCGAUUCUCAAAAGAACACGAAUGUUUCCUGUAAAGAUAUGAAAUUUUUAGAUACAGCUUCUCUCGAUCCCAUAAAUACCGCGUUGGUAUUUGAGAACCCAGAGUGCAGGGUUGUGGGUCGAAUAGAGACCUACUCCUGUAAACUUGCAGGCGUUGACAAAAAACUUUAUAAACAUCUUGAGAGUCAAUGGAAUUCUGAUUUUUCCCAAGGUUCAGAAAGUGUAUCACCUGAACCUCUUCAUUCUCUUCAAAAUAUAAUAUCCCCGUUUGGACCAAUGAAUCAACCUUCUUCUCGCAGGGUGUUGUUCAAUUUAAUAGCUACAUUAAACGCGUCUUAUCCCGAUUAUGACUUUUCUGACAUCAAACCUGACCAAUUUACCAAACAACCAUCAGUUCCCAUGGUUUGCAACUAUAUAAAUAAUACCUUAUUUAAUUUAGGUCGUGCUUAUAUAGUUAAUGAUUUGAAUUUAUGGCAAGUGAUAGACGACAUCAUUGAAUUAGACGAAUGUAGUGUUUACUCAUUUAAUCCUGAUAUUGAUUCAGACCCAAAUGCGGAAGAUGGCGCCAUUAUUAACGCACCCUUACAAGAUGAGGAACCGUUGGAUUCUUUCUCAGAUUCGGGUAGCGAUGUAAUCGGGAUGUCAUAUGAAGAAUAUGUGAUGGGAGAUAUUGAAAUGUAA